AUGUCGUUCUGUAGGAUAACGGGAAAAUGUCGCUCGUUACCGAAACCAAACUACUUCCCGAUGCUGCCGCCAAUUUCACCGGCCGCCGCCAAACGCUUCUGCAGGGUGACGGGCAAGGCGUAUGGGCUGCCAUCGCACCACUUCAUCCCGGUGUCGCUGGUGCGUGCGGGCGGCUCUGGCAAAGACCGCUGCCGGGUGACGAACGUGUCGGCCGAGCUGGAUCCGCACCAUUACCAGCCGACGGACGCGUACGGCUGCCGGAAGCACACGGUACUUUGCGCGUUCCGGUACGUGCUCCCGGUGCUGGACGAUGACGAUGAGGCGCAGCGCAACCUGAGCGCCAUCCUGCAGGCGAAGACGAAACCGCUCGAGCAGGGCCUGUACGUGUACCGGGUGGACGAGCGGAGCUACGGGCUGGUGUUUCCGGCCCGGCUGGAGGCAGCGGUGCGCGAUGGAGACGUGCGGGACGUGCUGCUGGCGAAGGAGUCCGACAAGCUGCUGAUCAAGCUGCGCAAGGGCAACAGCGUGAGCGUUCCGCUGCGUGCGGUCGAGGAGGCGUCGUCGAUGCUCGGCGAACUGUACGAAGGGGAGGGCCCGCGGGCGGAGGUGAUUAAGCGGCGGGAACAGGAGGAGGCAAAGCGGCCACGGCCGAAGGGCGGUGCGGCACUGUCGAGCAUCGCGAACAUUUUCGAGCAAAAGGAAAAGGUGCAGGACGAGGCGGCUGAAGAGGAGCAACGGUUCAUCGAGGAGCACCGGGAGAAAGCGGCCCGGCUUGCGGUGGAGCGCAGGGAGCGGCAGAGGGCCGAGAAGCUACACGCACUGCAGCUCAAUGGGCACCUGUUGGAGCAGGGUCCGCCGGAACUGGCCGAUCUGGUGAAGCCUCUGAUCGAAUCCUGGGAUUGGAGCACGCUCGAACGUGAGGCGGCUGAACAGGGUGCUGGAGGUGCGGUACGGGGUACGGUGGAGGUACUGCCGAAGGUCCUGAACGUGGUCCCGGUGCAGCUACCCGCGACACGAUCCCAGGUCGAUCCCUCCCAGCUGGAACGCUGCUCUGGACUCGAAGCCGCUUCUUACGUUGGAGUGAUAAGUCCGGUUCGCGUAGAACUACGACCGGACCGGGCUAAAGCGCUGGCCGCGUUGGGAUCCGAGGUGCUGGACACGUUGGCCCACGUUGACGAGCGGCUGGCGGGUGGCGAAGGUGCCGAACUGCUUCCCCACCUGGAUGAUCUCGCCUCGAUCGUAGCACAUCUCGCGCAAGCCCAACCAACGGAAGUGAACGGCGUUCCCGGAGUGAGACUCGUCGUGAACCAUCAGCCGGUGUUCGUGCCCGGUCAGAUGGUGAUGGUCGGUGGUAAGGCCACCUUCGUGCCGGGACAAUCGCUUCCGGGAGCCUCCCCACCCGGUACGCUGGAGUUUGUGCCUGGCGUGACGAUAACCGGGCAUGACGGUACGGUGCAGUUCAUCCCGGGCGAGGUCCAGCCGAAGGUCGGCUUCGUUGCGGGUCGAGCCAUCGACGGCCAGUUCGUCUGUGGACAGGUGCUCACCGUGGGCGGGGAGCCUCGAUUCGUACAAGGUCAGACGAUCGUGACACCCGAGGGCGUUACCAAGUUUGUCGCGGGAGUGACGGACGAGCGGACGGGAGUGUUUGUUGCGGGUCAACCCAUCGAAACGCCCCAGGGACUACAAUUCGUUCCGGGCCAAACCAUUACCGUGCAAGGCAAGGAACGGUUCAUCCCCGGCCAGAACGUACCGAAUCCGGACCAUCCGGGUGAGCUGGUGUUCGUGCCGGGACAAACGGUAGAGGACCGGUUCGUGCCGGGCAAAACGAUCGUUACGCCGGAGGGAGCCAAGUUCGUGCCAGGUCAGUACGUCGGAGAGUCGUUCGUUCCAGGCGUGGCCGGUGAGGAUGGACGGUUUGUGCCCGGAGUCAACAUCGACACCAAGGAGGGCUCCAAGUUCGUCGAGGGACAGGUGGUAGUAACGAAGCACGGUGCGGUGUUUAUGCCGGGAACGACGAGCGUCGGUCCAUCGGGAGUUGUGGAGUUCGAGAUUGCCCGCACCAUCGAUGCAGUGCGGUUCAGUGAGGCGUCACCGGUGGGAUUGGUGGUGGAUGGCGAGAGGUUAGAGAGCAGCGAACCGUCAAUCUGCGUCUUUGGCCAUCUGGUGCAGAACGAUGCCGGGGUGGAGUUCUUCCCGGAACGCAUCGGACGCGAGCAUCUACCCGAGGGUAAGGUGGUCCCGGGUAAGCUGGUGCGUCAACAAGCGGACGCCAAGUUCAUCCCGGGCAUCAAGACUGAAGACGAUGGGUUCAUACCUGGUCAGGUGGUUCUGACCGACAAAGGCGAGCAGUUUGUACCGGGUCAGGUGAUCGAAACGUCCGAGGGAAUGAAGUUCGUCCCGGGUCAGAUCAUCGAGACCAAGAGUGGGCCGAAGUUUGUUCCGGGUCAGACAAUGGCGACGCCGGAUGGCCCGAGGUUCGUUCCGGGCCAAAUCAUCAAUACACGCGCCGGUCCUACCUUCAUCCCGGGCCAGGUGAUCAGCACCGACGACGAUGGAGAGCGGUUCGUGCCGGGUCAGAUCGUAGACACCGACGACGGGCCACGCUUUGUGCCAGGCCGUGUGGUCGAGUCGGCCGACAAAGUUACCUUCAUCCCGGGUCGAAUCGUGCAGACGGCUGAUGGACCAAGAUUUGUCGCACCCGAUCUCAAAGAUACCGACGAUGGUGACGAGGAGUUCCUGGUGCAAAGCUUCACCGUCACACCAGAAGAGCUGAAGCUACUCAAACCGAGCGGUCCGGGACCAACCCUUGUUGACGGAGUUCCUGGCGAGACAUCGCUGGUAGUGAGCGCUCUGGAUACGGCAAUGUUAGCUAGUUUGGCUCAGUCCGGCAUGCCGAUCGGCCGCCAGGUGGAAGCAUCCGCCGUCGACUACGUGCUCGAAAGCACCAAGGAGCGUCAAGCAUUGCAACACUUCCUGGCCGAGAACAACCUACCCGGUGCAGGCCUUGACGCACUCGAGACCAUCUUCGAUGGGCUGAAGGCUGUCUGCAGGAAGGUGGACCUGGAGUCGCUACAGUACAAUGCCAACGCCACCACCGACGGACCGAUGGACGGAGGUGUAUGUAACGGUUCAAUUGGAGUGGUGGAGUCACUCGCCUCCAACCUAGCUGCGAUCCUCGCCGAAGUCCCGAGUGACGGUGCACCUACGCGCACCAUGUACGAGAUCAUUGCGGACGCCAUUAAGGCAUCGACUGGCGAGUAUACGGUGGAGGAACUUCAGCACGUCGUGGAGUCUCCUGGCGCUGUGGAUUACCUACUCGGCGUGGUCAAUCGAACGAUCGUGCGCAACAACAUUGACCAGAAGCUUAAAACACUGACUGCGCUUAUCGGAGGCGGUGAUGGGGAAGCGAUCGAACAAGAACUGCCACUGGAGCAGAACCGUGACGCCAUCGAGGAGUUCUGUCAGUUGUUGGACAACGGAGGAAUGUCGGAGGCGUUUGUUAACCUACUCAAAAAGGACGAGCAUCUGUUCAAGUCGAUUGUCACCAGCCUGAAGAGCUCGGGCGUGGUCGAGGAUAGCGUCAAUAUCUCGGAGAUCCUGCAGACGGCACUGGUCGAGGGUAUUCAGGAUCGUGCGCAGGCUGCGCUUGGCGAAAUGCUGGAAGAUGGCGGAUCGCAGGAUGCACUCCGUGCACUUCUCCGCAAGUCGGAAGGACUGGCACAGGCACUGGGGCACACAAAGGAGGCGGAAACGUUCCAGUACCUUCGAACGCAUCCCGAGGCGCUGCGCGAUCUGCACCGGGAAGACGAGCUGUUCACCAUCAUAAACAGGGUGUUGAUCAUGGAGCAGCUAGCCGAAGACGAUGAUGAGUAUCGGGAGCUGAUGGAUGGGCUCGAGAAGACACCCGGACACGCCACCAAGAGUGAUAAGCUCCGUGAACUGAUCCGCCAAAGUGGAGCGCUGUCGUAUGCGCCUGCCCGUAAGCUCGCCCUCGAGACAUCUCGUGACGUGCCUCUUUCGCUGUUCUACACCAACAACCAACUCGCUAUCGAGGAGUUCUUCCUGAAGAGCGGAGGCGGUGGUGUUGGUGGCAAGACGCUGCGACGCUGCCCUCGGGCCUUCCUGAUCAUCAAACGUGGUUUCCAGGCGGUAAUACCACGCGAAUCGAGUCAUGAAGUUCUAGCCGGCAAGAUCGCCUAUACCGUGCUUGAUGAGGACGGUAUACGACACUUCCAGCCACUCAAUGUACUGUCGGCGUUACGUAUAACGCCCAAGUUCGUGCACCGCUUCUCGAUGUACACCUGCGAGUUCCAGGAGGAACCGGACACGUGCGACACCUUCAGCACCAGUAGCAGCAGUCACGAUGGGUUAGACGUGCUCGAUGACUCUGCCUACUUCUACCGGCCGCCCCUAUCUCGCCGUGGCUCACAGAGAACCACCAACGGGACGGCCUCACCUAAGACUUACAACGGAAUCGGCAGCACACCGCGCAAUAAGCUGGAACGCCAGGAGUCUUACAGUCCGCGUCUAGUGACCCGUAAAUUUCCACCCAUGAAUGGUUUCCACCCGAGCAGCGGCCCCUUGCAUCAGCAUCUUCCACAUCUUCCGCAUCUUCACCAUCAGCCGCUAUCGCUUCAGCACACUUCCGUCCCAAACCACCAUCAGCAAUUUCACCACCAGCAGCAGCAGCGCCAUACGCAGCCCAGUCCGAUCGCACACCAGAAGCUGUACGCACACCCGAGCGUACCGGCAGACAAUGUUAAGACUCUACCGAUGGCAAUGAGGAUAGCGAUCAAGGCCUCGCUUGCGCAGGGUCGUGAACCGGCAACCUGCUAUCGAUCCAGCAGCCGGGACUCGAUCCAUCGGACGCCGUCCCGUGCGAACGUGCACGACUGGAACUGGAAGUGA